AUGCGCGACGCGACGCCGUCCCGGCUCGAUCGUUGGGGCGUCACCAUCGACACGAUCGCGAAGGGGCCGUUCUGCGAGUUGGAGAAGGGGAACCCGGCGGGCCCGCUCUUCGGGUCGCGCGACGCGGGCGCGGUGUUCGGAUUCACGCCGGAGGAGAGCGAGUUCUCGCCGCUCGUCGCGCACAAGGCGGCGUGCGCGAGCAGAGAGGCGUCGUACGAGCCGAGCGUCAACGCGAACGGCGACGCGGACGGGAAACCGAGCGGCGAGGUCAUCUUCCACAACUACCUCGGCAUCGGCGUCGACGCCGCCGCGGCGCUGCGGUUCUCGAGGCUUCGAGACCACAGCCCGUUUCUAUUCGUCAGCGCGCUCACGAACAAACUGCUCUACGGCGUCUUGGGCGCGGAGGACGUCCUCACGCGCAGCUGCGGCGACCUCCACCGCAAGGACUUUCUUUUAACCCCGGCGUACACAUGUUUCUCUCCGCCCACCCCACCCCUCGCUUCGCUUUCAAUCCCGACGCGCCCGCCCUCGACGCCUUUCAACUCCGCUUCUGACGCCUUUCAACUCUCGCCUCAGGUGACCCUCGUCGCGGACGGCGAGGAGAUCGCGUUGCCGAGGGACGCGGAAGGGGUCAUUCUCCUCAACAUCAACUCGUACGCGGGAGGGGUGAAGAUGUGGGAACGCGGGCCGCGGUUUCGGUUGGGCGAGGGCGCUUCCGAGGGGGGAUGGUGGGAGGAGUGGUGGCGCGGGCUGCGGGGCGACGGAGGAGGAAUGGUUAUGGGGCCAGACGCGGACGGAGGAGAGAAGGACGCGUCGGCGGGCGGCGACGUCCUCCCAACCACCAAUAACAUAUCGCCACGUCAGAAGAAGCAGCAGCAGCAGCGCCACCACGGGGAGUUUGGCGACUCCGCCGCGGACGACGGCCGACUCGACGUCGUCGUCGUCCGCGGCGCGUUGCACCUCGGGCAGCUCAACCUCGGCGUCUCGACCCCCGCGCGUCUGUGCCAGGCGAAGCGCGUGACUCUCAAGGUGGACCGUCCGAUGCCGAUGCACGUGGACGGACAGCCGUGGGAGCAGGAGGGCCCGUGCGAGAUCACCGUCGGGCUCAAGGCAAGCGGCGGACUAGACCGCCACCCGUACGAAUACGUCGGUCGGUCGCGCGUCGUCCUCGUCCCUCUCCGUCGGUCCGCGUCGCGCCGAGUCGACGCCGCCGCCCGCUGA